AUGUCUCAAGAGUAUGAUUCAGAUACCAGCGAUGACUUUUCAAAAGAUGAGCUUUUCGAUUUAAAAUCUGUCGGCGAUCCAAUUACUAAAGAGGACCCCAAUAGUCGUUAUGUUCGAUUAAUGUUGGACCAUUCUGCAUUUGUUCGUGGAAUUGGAAAUAUCAAACGUUGGUUCAACGAUGAGUACAUAAAGCAGAAUUUCAACACCACCUCAGAUCCUAUCGUUUUUAACCUAUACAUCCCGUCGUAUACGUUGCACGAGUUUGAUUUUGUGAAAAAGGGCACUUCAAUAACAGCAACUAAUGCUAGGGAGGCAAUUAAGUUUAUUGAUAAUUACUUAGAAAAUCAAUCUGAAACGGUAAGUGGAAACAUCAAGUACAUCAUGAGUCUAGAGUCUCCAAGCGAGAUACCGCCAACAUGGGCCAAGUGCUCAAAAUUCAAAUUAUACUCGCCCAAAAUCAAGGACUUUCCCAAUUACAAAACCAAAUUUGAUUCUAAUCUCAUUGCUGAAGUACCGCACAAGGAGAAUUUUCUUCUGAACCGGGAAAGCGAUUCAACUAGCGAGCAACAUACUUUUGAGGGGUCAGCAGAGUCCCUUGCCGAAAUGCCAGCCCGAUUGAAAUAUUUGAUACGUACCUGCAUUUAUAAACGAUUCAUUGAAAAAACACAGCCAAGGGCAAAGAACAACAUAGAGGAGUGGAAAUUGGUCACGGAAGACCCAAUCACUAAAGUUUGGGCGAAAUCAUUUGGCAUUGACUGUGUGAAUGUGAAUGAGGCCGAAUUGCUUAUUUUUCAAAAUUAUGACGUCAAUUCAUUCAGAAUAUAUAAUCCAUUUUCGGCAAAUGAUGGCUUUGAUCCUAGAAAUGAUGUUCUCCAGAAUAAGAUUGAUUCAACAUUGUAUGAGUAUAAGACGGUAAAGCAAGAAGAACCCAAGGUUAAUUUAAAAAAACACCACAAAAGAAAACCCAAGAGUAGAGAUGCAAAAAGUAUACCAUAUGACGGUGUUGUUCAAGAGGUGAAAGAUAACAGCUCCUCAGAUGGUACUAUCAAGAAAGAGAAGUUUCAGGCCAUUAACUAUGCCCCAAGAGGGCAAGGAAAGUUGUGGAGACCAUAG